GAUAUUGUGUGUGCAGUGAACCUUCAGCACAAUUGUCUCGAUGCGAAGUGUACAAACUUGUCUACUAAGCAUGUAUGGCAGGAACGGACACAGACUGACCAAACGACAAGUAUCGUGGAACACCAACCAUCACCGCACUAUCUCCUCAACACAUUCUCCAUCCACAACUACCAGCAUAUCCAUUCUUUUCUCCCGGAAUCGCUU